CCUGUGGCCCCACAGCCCCGUGGGGCAGCAAGCUCCCUGCCCGCACCAUCUACCGACCCUGGUUGUCACCCUACAGCUACUUUGUGUGCACCAAAGAGGCCACCCAGCAGCACCCGGGCAGCCUCUCCUCCAGCCUGGCCACCAGCACCCAGGAGCAUGAGGAGCCUGAUGACCUCUCAGAGAUCGUCUGCUCCUCCUCUAGUUCCUCGGAUGAGCUCCAGCCCUCCAAGAGGGUCAGGCUGCCCAGCAGCAGAGCCAGCAUCAUGGUCCAGGACAUCCUCACUGCUUCCCAGAAGCAGCCAGUGCCCCAGCAUGCCUACCAGUGCAUGUCAUGCUGCCGCAUCUUCCCCACGCUGUGGUCGGUCAAGACCCACAUCCAGCACAGCUCCCAGGAGGGCUACAGCUGCAGGGUGUACUACCGCAAGCUAAAGGCCCUGUGGGAGAAGGAGCACAAGGUGCAGGAGGCUGCAGCCCCCCGGGUGCCCCCGGGCACCCACCGCGUCGAGGAGGCCCCCCCGCCGGUGCUGGCUUCCAGUGAGGAGCGGGGAGAGAAGUACAGAAAGAGAGAGAGUCAGCGAGAAGGAAGAGACAACAGAAAGCCUUGA